AUGUCUGACUCAUUCGCAGACCUCUGGAGCUCAUCUGCACCGUCCAAUCCUACAUCUCCGCAGAUACUUGGGGCUGCCAAACAACGAGCAACUAUUCCUCAACGGUCCCAGGAUGCAUUCUCCAUUCUUUCCGCUUCUCAACCGACCUCACGCACGCAUUCCCCGCAGGUUACCGGUUCCACCACCCAGCCACGAAACCCUGCGCCAGCAGGUGGAGCGAGAAAUGCAGAUGCUUUCAGUAGUCUUUUUUCUGGCUCGUUAGCGGAUGGAAGAAAUAACAAUACUGUCAAUAUGACCAUGGCUGAGCGCGCGGCAGCGGCUCAGAGAGCAAAGUUACAGCAAGCCCAGGCACCCUCCAGGGUCACUGUGCCCUUGCCAUCUGCUUGGGAUGGCCUUGAUUCUCUUGCACGACAGUCGACACCUUCACAUCCUUCACCCUCUCCUUCACCACAGGCCGACUUCAAUUUCUCUGCAUUGGCAUCUUCUUCAACUACUACCGUGAAAUCACCAGUGGGAGGUGAUGAUUGGCGCUCAUCUGGCUCUACAGCCCCUCAGCCACAGUCUACUUCCCAAAAGAAGCCUGCAGGAACGCUCUGGGAUAUCGAUGAUUUCGAUUCAUCUCCUCAUUCUAACCCCCCAAUCCCUCCUCGUUCACGUACACCUGGUGACUUUGACUUUGGCGAUCGCGAGGAUGGCCUUUUGGAGACCCACUCUAAUGAUAGUAAUGAUGAUAUUUUGGGUGACUUGGCACGACCAGUUGAUGCAGUCAAACCAUCUUCACGCGAUCAAUCCACUCGAGCUACACUAUCGCCUCAAGCUCCUCAAUUGCAGCGCCUUUCAUCAAGGCCUGUUUCACCACCUCCCCACAUCGUCGGGCAAAUUGUGGAAAUGGGAUUCUCUCCCCAACAGGCGCGUAUAGCGCUUGCAGCUACAGAUACUGUUCGGCCGCCCCCACGACGCCCACCAAAUCAGCGUGUUAACUCCAACCGAGACCGAGAAAGAGAAGUACCCCGUGGUACCGAACCAGAAGCACAUCAGUCUCCGGAUCUUAACGUGCAAGCGGAGAAGAUUAUUGCACAAGCCAGCGAAAUCGGUAUAAGCGUUUUUAAUCGCGCAAAUGCCUUCUGGAAGGAGAGCAAGGAGAAAGCACAGCGGAUAUACGAAGAACGUGCGAAUGCGGCUCGGGCAGGGGCAGGGACCCAGCGAGGAGGUGGAAGGCCACGUUGGAUAUCUGACGAAGUACCGGACAGAGCUGGCGUGGAGCAACAUGAUAGGAGAAUGACUGGUGGGUUCAAGGAUGAUGAUGAAAAUCCCCCUCCGACUGGACCAUCAAGACGACAAGAUGGGCCGACCAGACAACCUCCCUCACAGCCUGUCGAGGCGCCAUCGCAGUCUCAACCGAAAGAAGUGGAUCUUUUCUCAUCUGAGGCCCCUGUUUAUCAGUCUCCAUUCCGACGUGGUCGUCCAACACCACAGCCUCAACCUCCUGCAGCUCCAUCCCGUCUUGCUCGUGUUCCCUCACCUCCGAAACCACAACGUGUACUAGUCCCCGCAUCGCCUUCAGCCCUCUCAACGUCUGCUUCACACAAAGCCACGGGCACGUCCGCAUAUAAACUUGGGCAGUAUGCAGAGGCAGAAUCUGCUUACUCUCUUGCCAUUGCUGCACUACCAGCCUCACACAUCCUCCUCGUUCCACUGCACAACAACCGUGCGCUCGCAAGGCUCAAGACGGGUGAGGCCCGUGGUGCAAUAGAGGACUGUGCGAGCGUGAUAGAGAUAGUUGGUGAUGAUAGAGGCGUUAUCGAGGGGGUAGAUCUGGGGGAUGCCCUCGUGAAGGCUUGGCGAAGGCGUGCAGAAGCCUGUGAGGGAAGAGAGAAGUGGGAAGAUGCAAGGAAAGACUGGGAAUCAGUUGCGGGUGCUACAUGGGCGCCGUCAAAUAUACGUGCCGAAGGCGCGCGUGGAGCUGGACGAUGCAGACGGAUGCUUAGUUCUAGUGCCGACGAGGGCACCCCCUUACCAAAACCCAAGUCAAAGCCUAAAGUUCCCUCGGUCAAACCCGCACCAACUCCCCCCAACUCGGGGGCGCUCAAGGCUUUGCGUGCUGCGACCAAUGCAGCUGAAGCCGAAGACAACCAGCGGCAUGAACUCAAAGAUUCCGUCGAUGCUCGGUUAAUAGCAUGGAAAGGCAGCAAAGAAGCUAACAUCCGCGCAUUGAUCGCUAGCCUCGACUCUGUGUUGUGGCCAGAGUUAAGAUGGCAGAAAGUGGGGAUGCAUGAGCUUGUGUCAAAUGCUCAAGUAAAGUCUCGUUACACGCGUGCCAUUGCGCGUGUGCAUCCAGACAAGCUGAAUGCGCAAAAUACGACCGUUGAACAGAGAAUGAUCGCUAAUGGGGUGUUCGGUGCUUUGAACGAGGCGUGGAAUGCAUUUCAACAGUGA